AGGGAACAGGAAGUGCAUCAGCAGCGCGCGGCUGUUUUGAUGUGGAAUCCGAGACCUGAGACUGGGGCUCAGCUCCGAGGAGAUGGAUCGCUACCUGCUCCUUAUGAUCUGGGGGGAAGAAAAAGUCCCGUCGGCAGCAGGUGGGGAGGCAGAGCACGGGCCAGGGGCGUUGUCCGUUGAGGGUACCGAGAAUCAGCCGGAUUUAACAGCAGCACAUGUUUAUCACCUCCUGAAAAGAAACAUUAGUGAUUCAAUUAAUCCAGAAGAUAGUACUUUCCCUGCCUGUUCAAUAGGCGGUAUACCUGGUUCCAAGAAGUGGUUCUUUGCAGUGCAGGCCAUAUGUAGAAUUUAUCAGUUUUGUAGUUCGGACUGGAAAGAGAUACAUUUUGGUGUGGAAAAAGAUGAAAUUGAGGAUAUUCUUCAAACAAAUAUCGAAGAAUGUUUAAGUGCUGUGGAGUGUUUUGAGGAUGAAGAUAGUAGCAGGGAAUCAUUAUCUUUGGCUGAUCUGUAUGAAGAAUCUGCAGAAAAUUUGCAUCAGCUAUCAGACAAACUUCCUGCUCCUGGUAGAGCAAUGAUAGAUAUAAUACUGCUGCCCCCUGACAAAGAUCUUCCUAAAUUAAAAGACUGUUUACCUACUGUUGGAGCAUUAAAACAUUUAAAGGAAUGGUAUUCAGCAAAAAUUACUAUAGCAGGAAAUCACUGUGAAAUAAAUUGUCAGAAAAUUGCAGAAUACCUUUCUGCUAAUGUUGUGUCUUUAGAAGACCUUGGAAAUGCUAUCGACUCAAAGGAGUUAUGGAGGGGAAAGAUUCAGAUAUGGGAAAGAAAGUUUGGAUUUGAAAUUAGUUUUCCUGAAUUUUGUUUAAAGGGAGUCACACCUAAGAAUUUUAGUGCGUCUAACUUAAAUACUUGCUUUCUUGACAAAAAGAUAAUACCAUCAAAGGAUAAGACUAUUUUGCCAAAGAUUUUCCACUAUUACGGCCCUGCAUUAGAAUUUGUGCAGAUGAUAAAAUUAUCAGAUCUACCUUCCUGCUAUAUGUCAGACAUUGAAUUUGAAUUAGGAAUGACUAAAAACAGUACCAAGAAGAAUUCCAUGUUGCUGUUGGAGCAGAUUUCUUCUUUGUGUGGCAAGGUUGGUGCUCUUUUUGUAUUGCCAUGUACUGUCAGUAACAUACUUAUUCCACCUCCCAACCAACUCAGCUCAAGAAAAUGGAAAGAGUAUGUAGCUAAAAAGCCUAAGACAAUCAGUGUUCCAGAUGUUGAAGUGAAAGGAGAGUACUCUAGCUAUUAUCUCUUGUUACAAGGUGAUGACAGUAGGAAAUGUAAAGCCACACUGAUUCACUCAGCCAACCAGAUCAAUGGCUCAUUUGCUCUCAGUUUAAUUCAUGGAAAGAUGAAAGCAAGGACAGAAGACACCAUGUUGAGCUUUCCUUUUGACUUCUUGUCACUUCCACAUUUUUCUGGGGAGCAACUUAUACAGAGAGAGAAGCAGUUAGUUAAUGUUCAAGCUUUGGCUUUGAAAGAAUGUCUGAAAAGGAGAAACUUGGCAGAGCAGUCUGAAGUAGUUUCUGUUGAUGAACUCAAAAGUCUAUUAAUACUCACAAGGAAACACUUUUUAGAUCAUUUCGAUGCUGUUAUUCCUAAAACAAAUCUAAUAAAGACAGACGAAAUUAAUCCUUCCAAUCUGUUAAAUGACACCAAUCCCAUGGAACAUAUUUCUUUAAGUCUAAUGGAAACCAGUCCUCUGGAAUGGCCAGAAAGGCAUGUUCUUCAAAAUUUGGAAAUGUUUGAAAAAGCUAAGCAAAAAAUGAGAACGGGUUCAUUACCUCAUUCAUCUGAACAGCUGCUAGGCCACAAAGAGGGUGCCCGGGAUUCAGUUGCAUUAUUGGAUGCUAAAGAAUUGCUGAAAUAUUUUACCUCAGAUGGCUUACCAAUUGGAGAUCUUCAGCCUUUACAGAUCCAAAAAGGGGAAAAGACUUUUGUUCUGACCCCAGAACUUAGUCCUCGGAAACUUCGAGUUUUACCUUUUGAAAAAGCUUCAGUAUGUCAUUACCAUGGAAUUGAAUAUUGCUUGGAUGACCGAAAAUCUUUAGAAAGAGAUGGGGGAUUUUCUGAACUUCAGUCUCGUCUGAUCCGUUAUGAAACUCAGACCACCUGCACCAGAGACAGUUUCCCAGUGCCCACGAUGCUGAGCCCUCUUCCAUCGCCGGCAGCUUUGUCAGAGCCUGGAAGUGUCCCUGACGGAGAAGCUUUCCAGGGAGAACUCCGGACCGAAGUAUCCCGGUUGAAAAGGAGGUUAAAUGAUCAGAACUGCCUUUAUCCCAAUAAAAGACUUGUGAAAUCUGAAAGUUCAGAUUCUCUUCUUUCUCAAACAAGUGGCAAUUCUAAUCAUCACCACCAUGCAGUGACUUCCAGAAAGCCACGGGCAGAGAGAUCAUUAUCUAUGACUGGUCCAUCUGUUCCAGUUCUUAACUCUGAAACUCCAAAAGUCACUAUAAAGGCCAGUCCAGGUCAAAAAAGUGUGCACGAAUCAAAAGCAUUAAGGCAAAUUAAGGAAUCAAGAUCACAGAAACAUACACGGAUAUUGAAAGAAGUGGUUACUGAAACCCUGAGAAAACACAGCAUCACUGAGGCCCAUGAAUGUUUCGCUGCCUGCAGCCAGCGUCUCUUUGAGAUCUCGAAGUUCUACCUAAAGGAUCUUAAAACUUCAAGAGGUCUAUUUGAAGAAAUGAAGAAAACAGCAAACAACAAUGCUGUACAGGUUAUUGAAUGGGUAUUAGAAAAGACAAGCAAGAAAUAACAUAUAAUUUUCUUUGGAGAAUUAUGAAUUGGACAGAGCUAUUGCUUACUACUUCCUUUCUUAGUUUGGACAUUAUAAACAGAUUUCAAAGUUUAUUUAAAGAAUAGAUGUUAUAUCUCUAAAGACUUUUAUAAAUAUCACAUAUUUAUAUAGAGUUUUGAGAAUGCCCAGUUCAUGUAUUUUACUUGUAUACCUAUUGUAUAGUUUCACUAAACUUUAAUUUUUAAAGUUGGCAUUUUUAUAUAUGUUUUAAAAUUUUUACUCUUGGUUAUUUAAAUAUUUCAAUAAAUAGGAAAAGAUAUCUCUUUACUUCUUGGUAGAUAUGUUCAUUGUCUCACCUGUUUAAAUUACUGAGCCUCAAGUGACACAGUGCAAAUGGCUUUUCUCAUGUGUUCCAACCGCAUGAUUGAUUAGACGGCUCCUGACUUGGAAAAUAUGGGCAAAAAAUAUUCACGCAGAUAGCCUUCUUCCUGUAAGACCAGCCUAGAGCCAUCACUGUUGGAGCUACUAAUGUUUAUUUGGGAUCAAAAAUGAAGAAAGGGCAGAAAUUGUGAAAAUAAGACAUAGCAACAUUGACUAAGAACAGACUCCCAGAAAAGAAUAUCUUUUCCCCAUUGUAGAAAAUCUGGAAAAUGCAGCAAGUACAAAGGAGAGUGAAAAAAAUUCCACAUGGCCCCCACUGUUAAUAUUUUUUUAAAAACAUUAUUUUUAAAAUUUUUUCAAUAUCGGGGUCAUAUGUGUGUAUACAUUUGUGUUUAUAUGUGUAUGUUAAUUUAUAGCCUGCUUUUCACUUAAUGUGUUAUGAAUUUUUUAUCAAUAUUAACCCCUGUAUAAUAUAAAUGAAUCAAAAUUUGUUUUAUUAAUUCCCCAUUGUUGAACAUAUAGGUUCAGUUUUUCCUGUUAUAAAUAAAACUUUAAUGAAUCUUCCUAAUGCA